UACAAUCGCGCUUUUGGUGACGAAAGUCUUUUGUCCGCAGAAGGGAUCUGUAGCACGUCUCUCGCGAGACGCCGUAGUUCCGACAGCGCAGAUCGUGGUUCAAAUGAUUGCUGUGUAAAUAGCCAAACGUUGCAUUUUGUUGUCUCAGAAAGCGGGUAAAUCACGACAAUGUCGAUUCAAGCCUCAAACCCCAACAACCCGGUUGUGUUCUUCGACAUUACCAUUGGAGGGCAGGAUGUUGGACGGAUGAAGUUUGAGCUCUUUGCUGAUGUGGUUCCAAAGACAGCUGAGAACUUCCGGCAGUUCUGUACUGGAGAGUUCAGGAAAGAUGGCGUUCCUAUUGGCUACAAAGGUUGCACAUUCCACAGGGUGAUCAAAGACUUCAUGAUACAGGGAGGAGACUUUGUAAAUGGUGAUGGAACAGGUAUCUGCAGCAUCUAUAGAGGUCCAUUUGCAGAUGAAAACUUCAGAAUAAAGCAUUCUGCUGCCGGUCUUCUUUCAAUGGCAAACAGUGGUCCAGGAACAAAUGGAUGUCAGUUUUUUAUUACCUGCACUAAAUGUGACUGGCUAGAUGGGAAACAUGUUGUGUUUGGAAAACUGGUUGAUGGCUUGCUGGUCAUGAGAAAAAUUGAGAAUGUCCCAACAGGGCCCAACAACAAGCCUAAACUCCCCAUCGUCAUUGCACAGUGUGGAGAGAUGUGAGCCGACAUGUGCUAAACACCAUGCCAACAUUACACAGCCUCUGUAUACUUUUAAUGUCUUAAUUGUGACUUGUUACUCUUCAGAAAACAUUAACACACUGAUUCCUACAAUGACCAGUAGUGGACAUUGAUGUAUUUAUUUGGUUUCAGACUGCAUUUGUUUUAAAUUCAUUGCUUCAUUGCUGUUGUUCUGUCAAGUCCAAAUUAAGACUGUUUGUGUACCUUUUUUCUUUUUUUAAUUGAACAAAGAAUUGGAUGGUGGUCAUACUUUGUGUUAUUUCCAAUCAAUAAAUUU